GGGCAACUCUGGAGGUGCAGGCGGCUCAAAGAGCUUCCGCACACUAACUUCGCGAGAUUCCAAAAUGAGUCAACCUCCGGACAACAUUCGCGACAAGCAUUUCAGGAGACUGAUAGCAUUCAACUACUUUUUCCCGGUUAGCUAGGACGCUGUCUAGCCCGGCGGAUCAAAUUCACUCUCCAACAACGCCCUUGAUUGCGUAGGCGUAGCGAUGUCGGGCGCCCGAGACCCCGCCGGGGUCAGGGAGCUCCCGCCCGUUGACCUCAAGCCGCUGCUCGCGAGACUCUGGCCGCUAGGGCACCCAGACCCCGUCUCGCCAGACCAGAUUGCCGAGGCCAUAUCGUACUUCUUCACCAACCAGGUCUCCGAUGCACAGGCCGGCGCCCUCCUCAUGUGCCUACACUUCACCGGCCUCGACCGCCAAGCUGAGGUGCUGGCUAAGACGGCACAAUGCAUGCUGAAGGCGGCCGCGAAGAUCGACCAGUCAGCCCUUCGUGCUGUUAUCGAGGGAAGGCGCAGGAAGGAAGGCGGAUACGAGGGUGGCCUGGUUGACAUUGUUGGCACUGGAGGGGACUCGCACAACACCUUCAACAUCAGCACGACCGCCUCGAUCCUCGCCUCCAGCCUCCUCUUCAUCGCCAAGCACGGCAACAAGGCCUCGACCUCCAAGUCCGGCUCUGCCGACCUCCUCAACUGCAUGGAGCCGCGCCCGCCACAAAUAGCCCGCAUCCGCCCCGACACCAUCGCCGAGCUCUACUCCCACACCAACUACGGCUUCCUCUUUGCGCCCGUCUUCCACCCCGGCAUGCGCUACGUCGCCCCGAUCCGGCGGGAACUCCCCUGGCGCACCAUCUUCAACCUCGUCGGGCCGCUGGCCAACCCGACCGACCUGCACGACGACGACGCCGGCUCCCCGGGGGGGAGCGGCUCCCGCCCCCCUCCGCUGCUCGAAGCGCGCAUGAUCGGCGUGGCGCGCAAGGACAUCGGGCCGGCGUUUGCGCGCGCGCUGCAGCUGGCGGGCGCGCGCAAGGCCCUGGUCGUCUGCGGCGACGAGGAGCUGGACGAGAUCAGCUGCGCGGGCGACACGCUGUGCUGGCGGAUCCGGCCGGACCCGUCGGACCCGUCCGCGACGGUGACGGAGCACUUCCUGCUGCACCCGCGCCACUUCGGCCUGCCGGCGCACCCGCUGGCCGACGUCUCGCCGGGCAAGGAGCCGGCCGAGAACGCGGCGAUCCUGCGCCGCAUCCUGGACGGCGCGGUGCCCGACGACGACCCGAUCCUGCACUUCGUGCUGAUCAACACCGCCGCGCUGUUCGUCGUGUCGGGCAUCUGCGACGCCGACACGAGCGAUAUGGGGCCCGGCGACGACGGGGUCGUGAUCAAGGAGCGCGGGCCCGGCGGCGGGCGCUGGAAGGAGGGCGUCAGGCGGGCACGCUGGGCGAUCCGCAGCGGCGAGGCGGCCCGGCAGUGGGCCAAGUUUGUGGAGGUUACGAACACCUUCACUGACCGCUAGCCGCAGCGUGGUUGUUGGCUAGAUAACUACCUGUUGAUCUGCAUUCUGAGUCUAAAACUGCUUGGGUGGAAGGUGAGAGAGGGGUGGGGGCAGGAGGGCCGCGGUGUGUUGGAGAAGCCGCAGCAAGGAAAAAAGAAGUACGAAAACGUUUGUAGUUAAACAUUUCUCGUCUAACUAAAACAAAAGCCUACAACUCUGAUAGGGGAUUUUCUCUUCCUCGGACCAGGCAGAACGGCUAGCGAUGGCGGGUAGUCGGGUGUGGCACUCUUGGAGCCCCGACGAGUAAACCCCAAGUGAGCGCAUUCCAAUACAACCCCCAACUAGCAACCCACCACCAAUUGGGUGCCCAC